UGGCGUUGUUGGGAGCCGAGAUGGCAGACGAAAAGGCGCCAACACGGAAUGCUUUCGGAGAGCCGUGGCCUGAUUUCAACGACGGCCUGACCUACACCGACAUCGUCCCACCCACCUCCACCACAGCAACUGUCCAGAAUUCACCAAAAAAGUGCCCACGAAUCAGAGCAUGCAGCCUGAUCGAGUUCUACUCUUCCAAGUACAGCAAUUCAGCCCCAUUGGAAGGCUGGCUUCAACGGAUCCGGAAUGGACAGAUAACAGUUGAUGGUCAAGUUGUGACUGAUCCAGACACUACUCUCAGAGUUGGCUCUGUGUUGCUUUAUUCUCGUCUGCCAUGGAAGGAGCCGUAUGCACCAUACUUGCUAGAAGUUCUCUACGAGGAUGAUGAUAUGGUCGCUAUAAAUAAACCUUCUGGUCUGCAAGUUCUACCCGGUGGACUUUUCCAGCAACGAACUGUUCUAACCCAGCUACGGUGGCUUGCAGAGAAAAGUUCUGCACUCAGGUUCUCAGGAAUAGCAGCUGCUCAAGAAUCGCAUCCUGUUCCUGUUCAUCGCCUGGGAAGGGGCACAUCAGGAAUAUUACUUUGUGCAAAGACAAAGCUUGCCAGAGCUCGCCUUGCUGCGUAUUUUGCUGAUGGCACGGCUGUUGUUAGAGAGAACAGAAUUUCGGACGUGGAGCUUGGCACUACGAGAAGAAUUUCAAAAAUAUAUCGAGCAUUAGCCACAGGGAUAAUUGAUGAGGAUGAGGUUGUGGUCAAGCAGGCGAUUGGAAUGAUGCGGUAUCCUGGGGUGGCUAAUGGUCUUUAUGUUGCUUCUUCAUCAGGAAAACCAGCAUUUAGCAAAGUCCGUGUUCUUGAGAGAGAUGUCCAAGGAAACUGCACGUUGGUCCAGGUGGUCUCCUCAAUUUAUCAUAUGAGAAGUGUUUCACUUGUGGAGAUCCAAUCGGGCCGUCCUCACCAGAUACGCAUACAUCUUUCUUUCCUGGGGCAUCCACUUCUGGGGGAUCCUCUUUAUGGUAUUGAUGGUCAGCCUAAAGUUGCUGAGUCUGGAUGUGGAGAUGACAGUUUUGCACCAGAUGGAGGUUAUCAGAGGCCUACAAAACCAGUACCUGGGGAUUGUGGCUAUCACUUGCACGCGCAUCAUUUGGUUCUUUCUCACCCAACUAAGAAUGAGUCAAAUAAAGAGGCUUGCUACGCCACACCUCUACAAAGCCCGCCAUCUACAUGCCAAUAUGCCACCACAUCUUCCAGCAUGGCAAAGUGGUGUAUUAUCCAAGCUGUCCAUCAGGUAAUUGAAAUCACUGCACCACUCCCUACCAUGCUCCGGGCACAGAAUGAAACUGAAUGAAGGCAACAACAGGAAUGUGACAAAGAAAUACUCGCCUUUUAUUGACUACUUUGCUGAAAUGAAAUGAAAAUUGGAGCAGCAUAAAGAGAUUCUGGUCAUGUUAUAAUUCGUUUUUUAGCAAAUGCAAGGUUUUAACUGUUCUGAUGGCUACUGGAGUCUGUGGAGGAUUUAUAUGCUGCAGUCCUUCACCCACCAUUUCGCCAUGUCUAGCAUUGGUUUGCACCAAUGAGGUGAAAAUCUGAACUGGCAAUGAUUAAGUCAGAAAAUGAUCAGUCUGGCUCUUUCCUCUUCUUAACUUCUGGUCAGAUUUGUUGAACUGGUUGACCAUUAGAAAAAAAAAAAAACACGCCGGAGUUAAAAGGUAAUAUACAUAAAUAUUUUCCCA